GCGACGGGUGUACACAGCGCGGGCCAUGGCGGCGCACCGCCCUCCGCCCCGCGGGACCGCUCCUGAAUCUGCCUCUGAGACUCCCGACUGCCAAACACGGGUCAACAGUCUGAAAUACAUCCUGUCCAAGAAACAGAAAACACCGCUUUCUGCUCGAGGUCACUGGUCCACAUGGCCGGCGUUUGGGUGUGGGCAGACCAUCCUAGGGAAUCACAAACCCUGCUGCGCCCCAGAGGAGAGAGAAUCCAGCAAUAAACAGGCCCUUCUCACCAUUCCAAAGCCACAGUAUUUGGAGGAACUGGAGUCCUACUUAAAGAAAGAGCUGCAGUCUCUUGAUCUGACUGAAAAGAACGCUCAAGAACUGAAGUUACAGGCCUACAGAGAGAUCUUUGAAUUCUUCAUAGACAGCUUCAAGACCUACAAGCCCUUGCUGUCAGCUAUAAAGAAUGAAUAUGAAGUUACCUUGGCUCAUCAGAAGAAGACAAUUCGUUCCCUAGAGCCACUGAAGGCUAUGGUCACCACUGUGUCUGAGGAGUGCACCCAGAGGAUACUGGCACUGCAGGAAAAGCAGAAAGAUGAGAUAUAUCUGUUAAAGCAAGAGAAACAACAGUUGUUAAAGAUCAUUGACAACAUGAAGGAAGAAAAGAGUUCUCUUCAGACUCAGGUGGAGUACCUGCAGGCCAGCGUUGCUGAGGAAUACACUCGAUACCUCAAUCAGCAUGAUGCCCACAAACUGCUUCUAGCAAAGCUGAAUGAGAUGCACCAUGAACGGCUGGACAUGACACGACGCCAAGCCCAAGAUGUGAAGGGUGAAGACGGGGUGAAGUUAACUUUGGCAUUGAAGGUAGCUCGGCAGGACCUCACAAAAGCCCAGGUGAAGCUGAAUAAAAUGUUAGCAGACUAUGGAGAUGUUGUGCCCAGGAGAGAUUUUGAAUCACUGGAGAAAAAAUACUCGGAUUUACUUCAGGAGAUGAAUAUUCUGCGGAAGGAUUUUGAUCGGCUCCAUGAGGAAUACGAAACGCUGCUGGAAAUCCACAGGGAGACGGAACAAGAGCGAGACAACUUUUGUGCUGAACUCCAGCGAGUGCAGCAGAACUGCACGCCCCGGCCAAACUGGGAGAAGUGCUCAGAUGUGAUUCCUGGAGGGGCAGAGCGGUGGGACAAUCUGGCUGUGGGGAAGACCAGUGAGCAGCUGGUGGACGUGCUCCUGGAAGAAAUAGGAACAGCAGCACUAAAAGAGAUCAAUGUCUUCCCUGGAUGGGGCAAAAAUGACAAUGUUCCUGUGUACCUGAGGCAUGAAGGUGAAGUCAAGAACAAAAAGCUGACUAAGAAGGAUGUGGUCAACAUCCUAAAGGACAUCUGGAAGGAGAAAAUUGCACUAGAACAGCAGACGGGGAAGCGAUCCAGUCUUCCCAAGUUCUUUCUCAGCUACCUCCAGAAGAAGUUCGGAGACACCGCUGCCAUGGAAUGGUCUUACACCCUCUACGAGAACAUGCGGCUCUGUCCAUCCAACCACGUCCUGAGCUCAUUCUACAACAUACUCACCGGGAAGGUGAGUGAAGAACAAUACCACAGCCAGAAUGAGCUGAUUUCCAGCCUGCAAAAGGAGCUGGCAGCCUGCGACGGCUUGAACAGUGGAUCCCUGACCAGCGAGGAGUUCAGCACAGCCCUGGGAGAAACUUUUCCCCUGAAAAGGAAAGAGUCAAUCCAAGAACUGGUGGACGCAAGCAGGUGCAAGCUGGACAGCACUGAGGACACCAUCAACUACAUAUCCUUAUUCGAAGAAGAUGAGGAGGGGAACACCACACCUUUUGUUGCAAAGCUCCGGAGCCAGUACAUCAGGGAGAAACAGGAGUAUCUGAGGCAGCUGAAGAACAAGCUGGGAGGUUUAACGGAGGUGAACGCAGAUGAUCUGAAGGCCGCCUUCUGCUCCAUUGAUCCUGACAUCGAUGAUCAGAUGCUGGAGACCUACCUUGGCCUGGCUCUCCAGGCCAGAGGAGAAGGAGCCGUGGCUGUGGAAACGGCGCUGAAGAGACUGCUGGCUGGGGACGUGAGACGAGUGGGGCCCGCAGCCAGGGAGGGGAGCACGGCCAGUUCUGAAGGAGAGUGAUUCCAGUGUUAAGAAUAAAUGGACUGCCUGAUCUUCAGGGCUUGAUCUUCAGGCUUUGACGCCUGCAGGAGACUGAGUUACUGUGCUACACGCUUCUUGGCUGGAAGCGGUAGAAUUGUCCCCCCUCGAGGCAUUUAAAAGACGGGUAGUUGUACUCAGUGAUAGGGUUAGUGACAGCUUUUGUUGGUGUUGGGUUGGUGGUUGGAUUAGAUGUUCUGAAAGGUCCCUCCCAACCCAGACGAUUCUAUGAUUCUCUGACUCCCCUGCACGCAGAGACACCCCUGGUAACUAACACCCCAGAGGAUGGGCUGGUGUCAACGCGCAGAAGCACUUUCAGCUCAAGCAGUAAAAUGUUCUGCAGCAGCAUUUCAGCUCAGCAGGACUUGCCCUGGGAGGCUUCCUGAGCCCCAAAAGCAAGGCUUCACACCCCCAGGGCACUGGGGCACCACGGCGUGCGGGGCGCUCUGCUUGGUGACAAAAGGAUGCUCCAGCAGCCACUGUUAGAACCUGAGAGCCACCAUCAAAAUCCAGGCUGCACCGUGACUGCUUUAGUCCUUUGGCCUUGGGGUUCCUUGGCUCAAGGAGGGUUUCAAAGUCACGUUCACAAAAUCAGGUGCCACCAGCACGGUCAGUGCGCACGUGGAAGGCGAGUUCAGCCAAAUUUACAAUCAUGUCUGUCCCCAGGGAGGCUUUUGUCUCGGUGUAGACACUAUUGUCCCAUACGAAAUCACUCUGAAAGAAAUUCAAGUGCUGCCCCAUGGGUAGGUUUAACCAAAGGCUGAGCUGCAAAAUACACUCAGAAACACCCAAAUCCGGCCUCUGUUUCAGGGAAGACACCACAUGCAUUUUGGUAACUGCCAACCACUGGCAUCAAUAAAUCUUUCCCACUCGAUAGUGUCC